UAUUUUGUUUUUUGCUUGAAGCUUUAGCUGUUUGUUGUUAUUGUCAUCUAAUGUUAUACAACCGGAAAAAAUAGUAAACAAAAUAAUACGUUUAAAAUAUAUUUUUUUUAAUUUUUUACUUUUCAUUUGUACAAUACUAUAUUUAACAUGUUGAUUGUAUUAUAGGUACUGGAUUUGAUGAAAUCAUUUUAUAACUGAAUGUUUUCUAUAGGUAUUGAUUGACUAACACACUUUUAUUUACAUAUGAAAUUAUUUGAAUAAGUUCAAAUCAAAACUUAUUUAAAAAAAAAACCGGAGAUGGAAAAACCUUUGAAAUUUGAUGUGAUUGCCACCUGCAAUACUUCGAGAGCUCGUACUAGUUUAAUGAAAUUACCACAUUAUACAGUGGAAACACCAGUGUUUAUGCCUGUUGGUACCAAAGGAUCUGUUAAAUCUGUUUUACCAGAACAGCUGGAAGACAUUAAUUGUCAAAUUAUUCUAGGAAACACAUAUCAUUUGGGAUUACGUCCUGGAGUUGAAUUAUUAAAAAAAGCCAAAGGACUUCAUAAUUUUAUGGGUUGGAAACGUGCUCUACUUACUGAUUCUGGGGGCUUUCAAAUGGUUUCAUUGUUACAUAUGGCUGAUAUUAAUGAACAAGGUGUUAAUUUUGAAUCACCUUAUGACGGUACAAAAAGCUUGUUAACUCCUGAGAAGUCUAUUCAAAUACAAAAUGCUAUUGGUGCAGAUAUAAUGAUGCAGUUAGAUGAUGUUGUACCAACUACUUCAAAAGACAAUGAAAGAAUGGAAGAAGCUACGUAUAGAACAACACGCUGGUUAGAUCGUUGUUUAAGUGCUCAUGAAAGACCUAAUGAACAAAAUAUAUUUCCAAUUGUCCAAGGAGGUCUUAUUGAACAUUUAAGAAAGUUAAGUGCCAGUUUACAUUUAGAAAGAAUAGUAAAUGGUUAUGCUAUAGGUGGUCUUAGUGGCGGGGAAGCCAAAGAAGAUUUUUGGAAAAUGGUUCUUCUAUCUACUCAAAUGUUACCCGAAGAUAAACCUAAGUAUGUGAUGGGAGUUGGAUUUGCAGUUGAUUUAGUAAUUUGUUGUGCUUUAGGAGCAGACAUGUUUGACUGUGUAUUUCCGACAAGAACAGCUCGUUUUGGUUGUGCAUUAACUUCAAAUGGUCAGAUUAGUUUAAGACAAAAAAAGUUCCAAAUGGAUUUUGGACCGAUUGAAAAAAAUUGUAUCUGUUCUACUUGUAAGACGUAUACUCGAGCAUAUAUACAUCAGAUUGUUGCUACUGAAGCUGUUUCCUGCAAUUUAUUAUCAGUGCAUAAUCUUAAUUAUCAAAUGCAGUUGAUGAAGGGCAUUAGAGAAAGCAUUAAGGUAAACAAAUUUCCAGAAUUUGUUCAGGAAUUUAUGAUAAAUAUGUAUCCAGAUAAGAAUUAUCCACAGUGGUGUAUUGAUGCACUGCAGUCGGUGAAUAUAGAACUAAAAUAAAAAUAAACAUUAUAAGCACAUAUGUUGUUCUACAAACCAUACAAUAUUAUUUGAUUUUAUAUUUUUUUCAUAAUUUUCAUUGAUUGGAAAUUAAGAUACCAACUACCAAAUAACUAUUAAAAUAAUAUAAUUGUAUUUAUUUAUUUAGUUAUUAAAGUAUACAUUAUUUAAAUUAAGUUGGUACUAUUUGAAUAAUUUAUAAUAUUUGUAUUUGUAUUUAAACAUUUAAAUUUAACAUAAUUUAUAUGACGUCAUAUUAUGUUUUUAAUGUUUUUGUACAAUUUGUUUACAAUUAAAUUCUACUAUUAACUCAUUUAUUUAAACUGUACAAAAUUUGAAUAAAUCUUUUAACAUCUAUUUUCCAACUCUA